CUGGCCAGUAGGCAGUACUUCCGCUCCCUCCCAUAGUAACCCGCAUGGAGACGCAGUUCUCAGUGUUGUGACUUGAGAAGAGAACCAUACAAACCGAACCCAGCGGCUCGUUCGGUGCUUUAUUUGAGCCUUUACUGUUUUCUGAGAGUCUCAUCCUCUCAAGGAUCCACCAUGAAGAUCGAGGAGGUGAAGAGCACCACGAAAACCGCGCGUGUCGCGGUCCACAGCCACGUGAAGGGCCUGGGUCUGGACGAGGCGGGAGCGGCCCGCGGGGGUGCCGCGGCCCAUGGGCUGGUUGGCCAGGAGGCCGCUAGAGAGGCAUGUGGCAUCAUCGUGGACCUGAUCCGCUCUAAGAAGAUGGCGGGGAGGGCGGUUCUACUGGCCGGACCGCCCGGAACUGGAAAGACCGCCCUGGCCCUGGCGAUGGCGCAGGAGCUGGGCAACAAGGUGCCCUUCUGCCCCAUGGUGGGCAGCGAGGUCUACUCCACCGAGAUCAAGAAGACAGAGGUUCUGAUGGAGAACUUCAGGAGAGCCAUCGGUCUGCGGAUCAAGGAGACCAAGGAGGUGUACGAGGGGGAGGUGACGGAGCUGACCCCCUGCGAGACGGAGAACCCGAUGGGGGGCUACGGGAAGACCAUCAGCCACGUGGUCAUCGGCCUGAAGACGGGCAAGGGCACCAAGCAGCUGAAGCUGGACCCCAGUAUCUACGAGAGCCUGCAGAAGGAGAGAGUGGAGGUGGGGGACGUCAUCUACAUCGAGGCCAACAGCGGGGCAGUCAAGAGACAAGGUCGCUGCGACACCUUCGCCACGGAGUUCGACCUGGAGGCGGAGGAGUAUGUGCCGCUGCCCAAGGGGGACGUCCACAAGAAGAAAGAGAUCAUCCAGGACGUGACCCUGCAGGACCUGGACGUGGCCAACGCCCGCCCCCAGGGGGGCCAGGACAUCCUCUCCAUGAUGGGCCAGCUGAUGAAGCCCAAGAAGACGGAGAUCACAGACAAGCUGCGGACGGAGAUCAACAAGGUAGUGAACCGCUACAUCGACCAGGGCGUGGCCGAGCUGGUCCCCGGCGUGCUGUUCAUCGACGAGGUCCACAUGCUGGACAUCGAGUGCUUCACCUACCUCCACCGCGCCCUGGAGAGCGCCAUCGCCCCCAUCGUGGUGUUCGCCUCCAACCGGGGCAACUGCCUCAUCAGAGGGACGGAUGACAUCAGCUCCCCUCACGGCAUCCCGCUGGACCUGCUGGACCGGGUCAUGAUCAUCCGCACGCUGAUGUACACGCCCCAGGAGAUGAAGCAGAUCAUCAAGAUCCGGGCGCAGACGGAGGGCAUCACCGUGAGCGAGGAGGCGCUGGCCCACCUGGGCGAGGUGGGCACCAAGACCACGCUGCGCUACGCCGUGCAGCUGCUGACGCCGGCCCACCUGCUGGGCCGCGUGCAGGGCAAGGAGGGCGUGGAGCGCGAGCAGGUGGAGGAGAUCAACGAGCUCUUCUACGACGCCAAGUCCUCCGCCAAGAUCCUGCAGGACCAGCACCUCAAGUUCAUGAAGUGAAGGCCGCCGUGAAGUCGGCCCGUCUCUGUGUCGGGGGCGACCCGUUCUGUGGGUCCCUGUCCCCGGUCCGGGGGUUCUAUGUCCGGGUCCUGUGGUUCUCUGUCCGGGUUCUGUUCAGCGGAACGUUAUGUUUCAGGCAAAUACGUUUUAUUCAUUUUUGUAAUUAAAAUAUUUUUUCUAUUCCUA